AUGGACACAACUUUGUCCACUGGAGAUGCAGGGAACGAGAAGGAGCGGACGGACGAGAGGGAGGGGGGGGACGAGUGGGAGUGGAGGCACGAACUGAAGAAAGCGCGGAAAGCUUUAGCAGAGGCAAGGCGGCGGGAGGAGGAGCUGGAAGGAGUGUUGAGGGAGGGCGAGAGGGCUAUGGGCGAGCUGGAGGAGUGGAUAGCGCGCAAGGUGGGCGCCAUGUCGUUGCUGGCUGCCGACCUUCUUGAGGAGUGGCUGAAGGAAGCGGUGCUGUCUCGGGUCGAUGGAGCGCGCAAGCGCGCGUGCAUGGCGGAUGGCGCGCCCUCGCAUCCGAUGAUGAUGAUGGAGAAUUUGGCGGCUCUGUCUGCCCAUGCAGAGGCAAUCCGUUCAAUGGUGCAGGGAGUGCGGAGGCUGGCGUUUGAGGUUCGGACGGCUCACGCGGAUAGAAUGCAAGAGGAGAAAGAGGGGAGGGGGGAGAAGCCGUGGGAAAAGGAGAACGAGGAGGGGGGGGAGGUGCGGGAGGAAGGGGUGGGGGAUGUGAGAGGGGUGGAUGUGAGAGGGGCGGAUGUGAGAGGGGCAGAUGUGAGAGGGGCGGAUGUGAGAGGGGCGGAUGUGAGAGGGGCGGAUGUGAGAGGGGCAGAUGUGAGAGGGGCGGAUCCACUCAUCUCUGCUGCCCACAGUGCUGGCAGCAGUGGGGGAGCGGGGGUGGAUUCAGAAGGAGCGGUUACAACCAAUGUGAAGGAGAGGCACGCACACAGGGGAGGAGGGGGAGUUAGGGCGGGGAGAGCAGGGGGAACGCAGGUGAAGACGGCGCAGCAGUGGCCGCCGGUGGGUGGGAGAGCAAGCGAAGCAGAGGUGAGGGCACGGCUGCGGAGAAGGAUUGAUAGUUUACUGCGCAUCCGCCCUGAAAGGCUACAGCUUGCCACCCUACGAAUCAACUGGGUGGUUUCUCAGCUUUUGACCCAAGACCCCGCUGAAAAAGAACUCUCCUUAGAUAGGCUCUCCCUCGCCUACUACCUCCAUCUCACUCCCCACUGCUACCCAGACUUCCUACCAUCCCUCACCACACUCGCAUUCCGCAUUGUCGACCCCCUCUCGCCAUUCGCCGUGAAACAGCUCCUCAGCCUGCCGUCACUCACAGCCCUGCACUUCCACGAAACGUCCAUCCAGUCAGACACAGUACCGUUCUUCCAGUGCAUGUCUCGGCUCCAGCGGCUCGUCAUUGCAUGCGUUGAACCCUUUGACUUGCUUCCCAACGUACCAGCAGCCAACCUGCCCCCUCCCUCUAAUCCUCCCACCGAACUCCGGCCGUUUAAGCCGUUUGAGAGCUUGAGGGAGCUGCAUGUAAGCCGGGUGACCGACUCUAUUCUGCAGCAGGUUGGGGUGCUGACGAGCCUUGAGGUCUUCUCUUGCACGUGCAGCAAGGGGGUGAGUUCCAGGGGAUGGAUGCACCUCAAGGGACUGCACCUGGAGGUGCAUGCAGUCGAUCCCAGCAGCACAGCAGUGAGAUCCGUCUCCAACCUCAGGCAGCUCAAAACCCUCCGCAUCACCGGCACUCUGCUUGACGAUUCUGAUGUGGUGUGCUUGAGACGCCUCUCGCUGCUCACGGACCUCAGCCUGGCUGCCUGCACGUUCGCAGCAGACCGGGCUGUGAGGUCUGUGAUCCAAGGCAUGGCUCACCUGCAGUCGCUGCACCUGUCGGGAACGGCCAUCAGCCAAGGUGCUGUGCAUCUGCAAGCACUUGAGCGGCUGGAGCGGUUGAAACUGCAGCAGUGCAGCGGCAUGAGCAGGCUGUUUGUGCAGCAUCUCAGUUGCGUUCCUGCGCUGAGGGAGCUAGAUCUGGGAUGCAACAACAUGCAGCAUGCGUGGCUGCUGCCGGUCCUGGAAGGGAAGAAGGUGACUCGGCUUAGGGUAGGGGGCUGCGGGUUUGUGGAGAGAACGUUGUGUGAGUUUUCACGGGCUUGGAUCGAGAUUGACUCAGAAUGGGAUGAUGAUUGA